AUGGCUGUUAAUAAUACAAUUGAAGCAUUAUUACGUUUUGUUGUCAGAGGAUUCUAUCCUAAACCAUGUAUAUUGGUUAUGGAAGCGGUAUUGAUACAUUCUGUGUUAUCAGAAGAUGAUUUGAUGUAUCUUCUAGGUAUUCAAAGAAAAGAACUCAGAAUGUUCUGUAAUAAGUUGGUUGAAGAUAAAUUAUUAUCAACUCAUAUUCAAAAAGAAGAUAAUCCUCAACAAAGGAAUAUGCAAAGAACAUAUUAUUACAUUCAUAUCACCAUGGCCAUCGAUUCCAUCAAAUGGAAAGUCCAUUCAUUAGUAAACAAAAUCAAAUUAGAAAUGUCACUGUAUGGAAAUCCUCAAGGUUACUUAUGUAAAAGAUGUGGUAAGAAAUUUAGUCAAUUAGAUGCAAUUUCUUUGAUCAAUGAUGAUAAAUCACAGUUUUUAUGUGAUAAUUGUGAAUUUCCUUUGAUAGAAGAUGAUUCAAGUCAACAAGCUUCUAUAAGACAAGAAUCCUUGGAAAAAUUAAUGAUACAAAUUGAUCCUAUUAUUGCUUUCUUGAAGAAAAUCGAUGAUUCAGUCAUAGAAGACAAUUCAUUCGAGAGCUCAUUAAUGAAUGCUAUACCAGCUCAAUCAUCGGGUUCAUCAAAUUUCGCUUUACCUUCAAGAUUAUCCAAAUCUAAGAAUAGUACAAGCUCAUUAACUAAUAAAGCUCAAGCCACCUUACAUGUUUCCAUUACUGCUAAUGAUGAAAAUGAAGAUAGAGAAGAAAAAGAACGAGAAGAAAGAAGAUUGAAGUUGGAACAAAAUGCUUUACCAUCGUGGCAUUCUAAAUCAACCGUUGGUAAAGAAAUCGAUUCAUCAUCUAAUUCUAAUUCUAAUAAUAAUUCCGUCCAACCAACCCCAGAACCUACAGAUGCUGAAAUUGUCAAGAAUGAACCAUCAGAAAAUUCAACUCCUGAAGCUCAAGAACCAACAGCCGAAGGUAAAUCAGAUUUGAAAGAUAAAGUGGCUCAAGAUGCUUUAGCAGCAUAUUAUGCUAAUUUGGCUGAAGCUCAAGCUAACGAAAAUGAAGAUGAUGAUGACGAUGAUGAUGACGAUGAUCUUGAUGAUUUUGAUGAUUUCGAAGAUUUAUAA